AUGGAUGACAACAUUAUGCAACUGUUUCCAGGGCGCAGUGUGGGUUUCUUAACCCUUGGAUGUUCACUCCAUGAGAUCUUGACCACGAUAAAGGCCGAAGUCAAGGCGUUUCCACGAUUUCAACUAUAUCACGAUGACCUGCGCCCGAUAGAAUCGCCCGUCCAGCUUGUUCUACCAGACAACGGUCUGCGGUUACAGUUCGACGGACCAGAUCAGCGGUUGCGGCUGAUAGAAGUACUAGACUUUGCCAAAGCAAAGCUUGUGUACAACAAUAUCGAAGUCUUCAAACCUGGAGAUGGAUAUAGUGGUGUGUCGGGAGCGUCUUCAGGACCAAGAUUCAGGCACAUCUACGACAAGUUACUGGGACCGACAUAUGGAGGAGAGUAUUUACCGCCAAAGUCGGAAGAUGCAAAUGCGCGAGGGACUUAUAACCUUUCGUACCCGGGGGUAGCUUUCAACUUCCCAGUACAGCAUUCUGCCUACUCCCCGAAGAAGGACUUCAUCUCUCUGUUAUCCUCUUCAGCAACAGGACCCGCUCUAUCAAUGGCAGUAUUCACUGGCGAGUCGUGGCAGAAGGCUCGAGGCACGCUCUUCACAGCCAUUCCCCCGCACCCACGCUCUCUAUCAGUAAACAAGAGCAAAGAAGGACCCGAUGAGAUUGAGCUAGUCAAAGUCCACGGCCAAGGCAGAAUCGAGCUCCUCCGGCGUUCCAGCCCGCCCUUCUGGAUCAUCCUCAGCGAAACCACACCACAAGACCUCAUCAUGGAACUCGGGGCCCCUGACUCCAUCUACCGCAAACACGACCAUCGCCUCUCGAUCCACAAGGACCGUCGGACCAGCGACGCCUCGGAUCUCUCCCCCACUGGCCUCACCGCAGACGACGACUCGGACCAUGCGUCGGCCAUCAACACCGACGGCGAAGACGCCUGGUCAGACUCGAGCUCGGCCGUGCUCUCCGCCCACGACCGCGAAGUCGCCGCCGCCGAGCACUUUUACAACUACUACCACCACGGCUUCGACAUUCUCAUCUCCCAACCCACCACCCUCUCCCCAGCUCCCCCCACCGCACCAAACACCACCACCACCCACGACAACCCCCCCAACCAACCCCUCACCGCACAACCCCUCCACCACCUCACCGCCACCAAAAUUAUCUUCCACGGCAACAUCCCAGGCUCCUACCAAUUCAACCGCCACCGCCGCUCCCGCUGGUCCCUCCAACACAUCCCCUCCCCCUCCCCCCUAACCUCGGAAUCCCCCUUCCCCACAAUCUCCUCCCACCUCAAACACGCCUUCCACACCUCCUACGCCUCGGACGAACAGGAGCGCCUCCAGCAACGCGCCAUGGCUCUCAACAGAGGCUGGGGCGAUAGUCCCGGCAGCAGCUGCGAAUUGCUUGGUGGCUGGGAGGAUGGCGCGUCUGCGCGACGGGGUCAGGGGGCUGGGGUUGCGAGUUUGAUGGCGCAGGGGAGUGUGGUGGUGGGUGGGGAGGCGGUUGGGGGUGUGGGGAAUGUCGAGUUGUUUGGGUUUCCGGGGUUGGUGUUUGAGGUUUUGAAGAAUGGGGCGGUGAGUGGGUUGACGGUUUAUUGA